CCUACAGAAAUGGCCGAAGGUAAUGGUGAGGUUGUAGAAGAGAUGGCAAAUCAAAAAUCUGGCGAGGGUGGCGACGGCGAACGAACGCAGGACUACUCAAAGCUACUGGAAUAUGGAUUAAACGUUAUGGUUGCCGGUCGGUUGGACGCCAUCUACAAAACGGGCAAGCUUGCCCACUCGGAACUAGAUGAGAGGGCGCUGGAUGCGCUAAAGGAAUUCCACGUAGAAGGUGCCUUGGAUGUACUGGACCAGUUCCUAGACUCUAACCUCGAACAUGUUUCGAACAAAUCGGCGUUCCUCUGCGGUGUCAUGAAAACGUACAGACAAAAAAUUCGGGCCACACAACAAGGACAACCGGCACCUGCAGUCACAGUACAAGCGAAAGGGCCCGAUGAGGAAAAAAUUAAAGCAAUUCUAGAGCGAACAGGAUACACAUUGGACGUCACCACAGGGCAACGCAAAUACGGUGGACCACCUCCGAACUGGACGGGCAACACGCCCGGGAACGGUUGCGAAGUGUUCUGUGGCAAAAUACCAAAAGAUAUGUACGAGGACGAGCUGAUCCCGCUGUUCGAAAAAUGCGGUAAAAUCUGGGACCUUCGGCUAAUGAUGGACCCGAUGACCGGCACCAACCGGGGUUAUGCCUUCGUUACCUUCACCUCACGGGACGCGGCCUCGAACGCCGUACGAGAGCUCAAUAAUUAUGAAAUAAAGCCUGGCAAUUGUUUGAAAAUAAAUGUAAGCGUGCCGAAUCUGCGCCUCUUUGUAGGCAACAUACCUAAAUCUAAAGGAAAAGAAGAGAUUUUAGAUGAAUUUGGUAAACUAACAGCGGGACUUGUGGAGGUAAUUAUUUAUAGCUCACCAGACGACAAGAAAAAGAACCGAGGUUUCUGCUUCCUCGAGUACGAAUCACACAAGGCAGCCUCUUUGGCGAAGCGGCGACUAGGCACCGGACGAAUAAAGGUAUGGAAUUGUGAUAUAAUAGUAGACUGGGCCGAUCCACAGGAGGAACCGGACGAACAAACGAUGAGCAAGGUCAAAGUAUUAUACGUACGAAACCUAACACAAGACACGAGCGAAGAAAAACUGAAGGAAAGUUUCGAGCAGUUCGGUCGUGUGGAGCGAGUGAAGAAGAUUAAAGACUACGCAUUUGUUCACUUCGAGGAUCGCGACAAUGCCGUGAAAGCAAUGAAGGAUCUGGAUGGCAAAGAGAUCGGUGGAUCUAACAUAGAAGUAUCGCUAGCGAAACCCCCGUCCGACAAAAAGAAAAAGGAAGAAAUACUACGAGCUCGCGAAAGGCGCAUGACGCAGUUUCUGCAGACUAGAAUAGGAUUGGUGAAUACGGUUCCAUCGUUUCCCAGUAUGUCGCCGCAGCACGCCGGCAUGAUGGCCAGUGCGAUGCCACCGAUGCGAGUGCCUAGCGGACCGGGAGGUCCACGUGCUCCGAUGCGGGGUGGCCCGAUGGGCGGUCGGGGCGAGUACGGAGGAUGGUCAUGGACGUGGAACCAUGGCACAUGGCCGAAUCGCUGGGCACCUUGGCAACAACAGCCACCAGGCGGCCCCACCGGGUCAGCCAGUGGGCACCGCGGGGGUUCAGGAACAAGUCGCGGGGGCGGUGGCCCAUGGGCUGGGUCAAACUCGUCCCAGCGUGCUUGGCACUCUGCGCGUCAAACCAAAUAUACCAGCAAUCGGUAAGCGCAAAUUCGAAGGAGGUCCUCACAAUCAAGGGGACAUAAAACGACGCUAUGGAGCAUUAGCAAAUUUUGGUAAUAACUGGGGCAGCCAACCAUUGCCCCAGCAGCCACUAGGGGCAAACGGUGGAGAACAG